AACAAGCUCUCCUCCAGUGGAUUGUAUUUAAAUGAUUAUUUUUCUUUCUAUUUAGUCUUUUUGUAUUGAUGUUAUAAAAAAGGCAAAUAUAUCAAAACUUAAAGCAUUUUUAUACAAAGUAAAUGCAAACAAACCAUUUAUUAACCAAAUCUUUCACUUUUCUUGAUUGUCUAACUACGGUAAGUAACUUGAGGUAACUACGCUCUUUUUACACAUUACAAAACAACCUAUUAAGAAAAAAAAAAAUGUGGUCAAACCUGAACAACUGUUUGAGAUACAAAUAUAUAAAAUAUUCAAUUUACACUCCAAUAAUUGUUACCAACAAGAGCUCUUAAAUCUUUAACGGAGAAAAUCAUUUCAAACCUUUAUAGUUUUCUAUCUACACUCCAUAAUUGGAGGUAAUUAUCCUUUUUAUUUUUCACCAAGCCGGACAGACGCAGGACAAUCAUAUUACAGAAGAAAUUGAAGAGAUGGAUUCAACAUAUUCCACAGAACGACAGCCAGUGCCAUUGCGAAGGGAGGAGGACCAGCAGAGAGAGCGUCACCGUCAUCCCACGAAGAAGAAAAUUGUUGAGAGCAUCAAAAAGCCUCUUCAGAAGUUUAUGAUUAACCUGUCCUCUAAGUUAGGGUUAGGGAUAAGACUGUUUUCUACCGAACAACAACUGCUAGAAUACACAUUUGGAAAAAAGAGGGAUCCCAAUGAAAAAUGUGACCUUUUUAAUCAGUUGAUAAGUAGAGUCGAUAUGAAUCAGAGUUUUGAAAGAAUGCCUACGGAUAAACCAUUCUACACCGAUUUUAUAGCGGAGAUAAGGAAGAACACCGUAGACGAAAAACAAUUUGCAUUCGCUUAUAUUAUCAUGAAAAAUGGUGAAUAUAAGUUUUCUGAAAAAUUUGUGCCACAAAAAAAAGGUAAACGUAUGUUACAUAGUGAGGAGUUAUUAAUAGAAGAUUUGAAGACAUUUCUAUUAAAAAAUGGAACCAAUGUACGAAUGAUUUUCAUAUAUACCUACAACAGUCCUUGUUUAAAAAGAGAGGACAAUAGCACCUCCUGCAUGAUUCUACUGUUAAAUACUGCUAGUCAGUGGUGUGCUGAAUAUGGAAUCAUUACAUAUGUGGGAUUCACCAAGUUUUGGAGAUUCAUAUGUCUAAUGUAUUUUCUAAAAGUAAAAACAACCGAUAUGUCAAGUUACAGCAGCAUCGUCCAUCUGUAUAAGGACAAACAUAUUGACGAACGUUUCAGAUUGGACAGUAGCAAGUUCACCACAAGUUGUAAUGAACUUCAACUUUUUCAGAAAAUCUCUACUGUUGAACCCCAACAUAGAGGACGUCUCAAAAGUGAUAUUAAAUCUGCCAGUGACAAAAUAAAGGAAAUGGCCAGUUCAUCCAGUCGGACGUAUGAUGAACAUUUACUAUAUAGAACAGAACAGAUUGAGAAUUUAAAAUCCACACUCCUAAUAUAUGUACAACAGGAUGUAGUCUCCAUGAUAUCUGAAAUUUUGAACAAUAGCUGGAAAGAAAUGGUUGAAAAUAGUCGAGACAGAGAAAUGAAUGGGAAAAUAAAUGGAGAUUUUAACAUCGCAGCAGUGAAACACUUUCAGGACCGUGUGCUGAAACCUGUUUUGGGAAGCAAGAGUCCAAUGAGGCUUUAUCACAUCCCUAAGGAAGAACUAGAGGGAUAAUAUGUUUAAUAUAUUUUUUUGAAUUCUUUAAAAAUGUGGGGUACCAAGUGUAAUUAACAAUAAUUCAUUUUGUAACUCACACGUAAUAUUUAUUGUCUGCUCUGUCCUGAGCUCAUGGUAAUAAAAAUCUUUAAAUUGA